GUCAAAGUGGUGGGGCCUUUUAAGCAAGGAGAACUGGCUCCGUUUUUUUUGCUUACUAUGUUUGCGCCAUAUCUCCUCGUCGAUUGCAAACAUUCUUGGGCCAAUAAUGAUGGUUAAACAAUCAAAAAAUAUCUUAAAAAAAAAUUGUGGAGGACAUGUUGCUUUUAGUUUGGACCUCCUGCUUAAAAGGAGCAGUUGUGCUAAUGCAUCCGCCAGAUCUGAGCUUUGAUUCCGGUCUUGACCGCCCAUCGUCUGUGUAGUUUUUCCCGUGGACAGCGCACAGGAUAAACCUGUACUUAUUCACUGGAUUUCCAAAUAACAAAAAAUGUCCACAAAUACGUUGGCGGAUACGGAAAUUGUGCGGGACGGGGAACUGACCAAAGAACUGCCACCUGACAAUCUGAACGAGAAACCUCAUAAACAUGAAAGUGUUUUCGAGGGUGUCGAGGAUUCACCGAUCGAGGAGGUACGAGCUGCGGUUCCUCCGACAGACAACCCGGAGCUUCCAACAAACACCUUUCGAGCAUGGUUUCUCGGCAUCUUCUUCACUGUUAUAUUAUCGUUCACCAACCAGUUCUUUUGGUUCCGAGACAAUCCACUAACAAUCAAAAUCCUUGUUGCCCAACUCAUCUCCUUCUUUUUCGGAAAAUUCAUGGCGAAAAUCCUACCCGCCGUCACCAUUCCCAUCCCAUUCACAUCCAAAGGAAUCAAUCUCAACCCAGGGCCUUUCAAUGUCAAAGAGCAUGUUUUGAUCACCGUUAUGGCGAAUACGGCAGCCACUAGUUUUGAUGCCAUUGACAUUAUUGUGAUUCAAAAGUUGUACUAUAAUGUGGAUUGGGGAUACUUGGGCGGGCUUCUUCUUGUACUGUCGUCGCAAACGAUUGGAUACGGCUUUGCUGGACUGUUGCAACGGUUCCUGGUUCGUCCGGCUACCAUGGUAUGGCCCGAAAACCUUGUCAACGCUAGCUUGUUCCACACCAUGCAUCGACAACGAGACGCAGAAAGCCGAGUGUCAAGCAGAGGACGAAGUCGAGGAAAUUACUUUCUCCUCGUCUUUAUGGUGUCCUUUAUCUAUUACUGGUUCCCGGGGUACAUUGCCCCUAUUUUGACCUCCAUUUCAUGGCUGUGCUGGGUAAAGAAGGACUCUAUUGUUGUUUCGCAGUUGGGAAGUGGGUUGAGCGGUUUAGGGUAUGGAGCAUUCACGCUGGAUUGGUCUACCAUGGGCGCAUGGAUGCCAUCGCCAUUGGCUGUACCGUGGUAUAUCAUCGCCAAUCUCUUUGCUGGAUUCCUCUUCUUCAUCUGGAUCCUGGUACCCGCUGUCUACUACACCGACGCCUUUGAGGCGAAAAAGUUUCCAAUGUACAAUACUCGCCAAUAUGACAUCUAUGGGUCAAAGUUCAACCUCUCGAGGGUUAUUGAGAACAAUGUAUUGAAUUCAACUGCCUAUGAGGAAUAUAGUCCGAUUCGGAUUACUGCGUUCUUUGCCAUUUGCUAUGGCCAAGGAUUGGCGGCUCUGGGUGCCAUCAUUGCUCACACAGCAUUGUAUCACGGACAGGAUAUAUACAAACGUCUUCGAUCUGCCAAACAGGCUGAUGACGACAUCCACGCUAAGCUAAUGGACCGAUACCCCGAAAUUCCCGGCUUUUGGUACCUCAUCAUCUUUGUCAUCGCAUUAAUUCUCUCUAUCGUUACGAUUACCGCAUACCCGAGCGACAUGCCUUGGUGGACGCUCUUUAUUGCGCUGAUCCUUGCCGGGGCAUGGAUGAUUCCAACGGGUAUUUUGACGGCCAUAACCGCGCAAGCACCGUCGAUUUCAAUGAUCACCGAAUGGGUGUUUGGGGUGAUCAGACCGGGGCAUCCGAUUGGCAACAUCAUGUUCAAGACUUACGGCUACAUUACCGUGAAGCAAGCGUUGCUGUUUUCCAAGGAUAUGAAGCUGGGGCAUUACAUGAAAAUUCCACCCCGAGACAUGUUCAACUUUCAGAUCGUAGGCACAGUCAUUGGGUGUCUCGUAUCUCUCUCCACCACCCACUACCUCUUGAAUAAUAUUGACAACAUCUGUACGGACGAAGCCUACCCAUGGACGUGCCCAAAUGCUGGGCUUUUCGGAGCAUCGAGUGUGGUAUGGGGUGUCGUCGGCCCAAACCGGUUCUUUGAGCCAGGAACAUUGUAUAAUCCAAUCGCGUGGUUUUUCUUGGCCGGGUUCUUGUUGCCGCUGCCGGUUUGGUUGGCAUACAAGCGGUGGCCAAACAGUUGGCUGAAAUAUGUCAAUGUCAGCGCAAUGAUGUUGGGUGCCGGACCCUACCCUCCCGCCCCGACCAAUGUCCUCCCAACAUGGACUGUUAUCGGCUUCAUAUUCAACUUUUACAUCAAGCGUCGACAUAACCGGUGGUGGGUAAAGUACAAUUAUAUCACCUCUGCUGCAUUGGAUGCAGGUGUAGCGGUCUGUGCAGUGGUCAUGUUCUUUGCGCUACAGAACAAUGAUGUCCACUUUCCGGCUUGGUGGGGGAAUGAUAAGGCGAGCAUUGACCAAUGUCCUUUGGCCAAAGUGAAUUCCACUGGUAUCAACGUAUAUGGAUGACCUUUACCAUAGUUUUACGUAGAUAUUUAGAUUUAGGUUGCUGUAGCUGGAAACCACUUGUACAAAAAAGAAGAAUAAACAAAAGAAUCCAAGGUAGAUGGAAAACCCCC